GGCCUUUCCUCUUUUUCUAACUUUUGCUUUCUCUUCCCUCCCAUUUCUCUCUGACCUAAUUGCCUCCAUCUCUCUCUCUCUCUCUCUGAUCAACACCAUCACCGGCACUGGAAAUUCACCUCUAAAUCUUCAGAAGAUCCGUCUAGGUUUAGUGGGUCUUUUUCAUCAUCUUGUACCACACACCACCUAGCUAAUCUAGAUCCCAUCUUUGAGCCAUAGUUCUUAUUCCUAGCUAGGACUCAUUAAUUAACACAAGAACACACACGCACGCACUUUACACACAUAUAUACCAGUACCUGAAGUUUUUGCUGAUCAGUUUGGAGGGUGAAAGAUCGAUCAGGAAGUAGAAGAGCAGGAAGAGACAAGUACUUCAGUUUCGAGAAGUGAGCGAUCGAGCUAGCAAAGAUGACUCCAGCUAAUUUGGCAGGGCAGUUCGGUGAUACCACUUACACCAAGGUGUUCGUUGGAGGUUUGGCUUGGGAGACCCAGAAGGAGACCAUGAAGAAAUACUUUGAACAGUUUGGGGAGAUCUUGGAGGCUGUUGUCAUCACUGACAAGGCCACUGGACGAUCCAAGGGCUAUGGAUUUGUAACUUUUCGGGAACCUGAAGCCGCCAUGAGAGCCUGUGUCGAUGCUUCUCCUGUCAUAGAUGGGAGGAGGGCUAACUGCAAUCUUGCUUCUUUGGGUGUCCAGAGAUCCAAACCCUCAACACCAAAAAAUGGAGGAACAGGUAGAAACUUUAGGGCAAUGGGAUCUUUUCAGACAGGGUUCGGAGGUGGAGUGGGAACAGCUUUUCCUUCAGCAGCAACCUUCCCUCAUUAUGCCAUCCAACAAGGGAUACCUUAUAAUCUUUACGGGUACUCCACAUACAGCUCGCCAGAUUAUUCUUACCCCACGAGCUACUAUAGCGUGUACGGAGGGGCAUCGUCCCAAUUCCCGAUGUAUGGAACGGGACCCGGCGGGAUGGUCACUAGUGCGGCGGCCGCGACAGGGGGUUUCUACCAAUAUCUCCAGUUUGGGGAAGGGAGUCAUGGCACUGGAGCUGCGGCCACCGGCUACACUUCUGGAUCACAGGGUUAUGGUGUCAACUAUCCACAUCACCUGUUUCCAUAUUCGGCCAUCAACUCAACUGGGGGAUACCCACAGCACUAUGGUGCACCCAUGUCUCUUGCACCUACGCCCGCCUUGCCAUCAGUGUGUUUUGCUGUGCCCCAGGCGUGACCAUGGCGCUUCAUGCACCAAUUCCUCAUCGCUAGAGAUUCAUCUCAAUCUAGCCACAUCGAACUUCUCAGCUGCUUCUUGAAGUCUCAAUUCUUCAACCUUCGGCCUAACCAUGGUUCUCUCUGUCACUCUCUCAGUGUCUAACAUAAGCCCAAUUCUGGUGAUUUGGGCUUCUGCACACAUACAUGGCCCCCAAUAGGGGCUAAAUAUCACCUCCAGAAUUGGAGGGACGUCAUGCAUUUUUCCCCUUUGCAUCUUUUUGAAAGAAGGGUUCCUUGAAGAGAACCAUAGCAUGUCAUGUGUAACAACCAACUGAUCGAGCUAUUGGAAUUAGCUAAGACGUUGGAAAAUAGUUUUUGAACCUUUGCCCCGGAAAGGCUAGGUAAAAGGAAACUAUAGUACUACUUUGUAACUUUAGCCCGGGAAAGGCUAUAAGACAAUUUAAAGACGGUUUUCAAAAAUUGUAAAUUUCAACAACUUAUACAGCGAGCCCCUCACUCUAGAAAUUUAAGUUUUGGAACGUCUAAUCCCUCCAGCUUCAGCUAAUAACCUCUAAUGGAGAGGCAGUUUUAGCAAAUUCACGGGCGCAUGGAAUGCCACCCCCAGCUUUUUUGUAUGUUAACGUAGCUAGUCUUAGGAUUUUAGAGGUAGGCCGGGCAAGUCAUGUCUUUUUUUAAAAGUCUUCUUUUUUAUCAACUUCACUUCAACUUUUUAGUAGUGCGUCUAAUCAACCGUCUUGAUCCCUUAGGUUAAAGGGACGCAAGAUCUUGUUUUUUACUAUGUAAAUUCAUUAAUGUGGCUAUAAACACGGGAGUUUUAGCCCCAUUUAAUUAAUUUCUAAGUACUUUAGGAGGGAUAGUGUUUUCUUUUAUAUUGCAUUUAGCUUUUAGUAAAUUUUUAUCAUCCUUUUUGAGAACUCCAUCUAUGGAUGUGGAGCUAGCUCAAAUCAUCUGCAUGCAACCCGGGGAGAUAUUUUGGUUCCCUUGGGUUUUUCUCCACUAACCCACAUAAACCAUGGUUAGGACUUAGGUUAAGCUCGUCGCUUUCUCCUUCGAUCUCUUCGUUGCUUGGUCAUCUUCAGGAUUCACCACACUUACCGCCAUCCUCUCUCUCUCUCUCCCUCCCCCCAACAUUUACUUUGAGAUGGAACAAUUGGUACUCUUUAAUCAUAUGUGUAAGCCUAUGGAUUGGAUUGUAAUUAGGGAUGCUACUUAAUUAGGACGAUUCAGAAUCAUUUCCAAUCAUGCUGGUUGAGAAUGGAUGAUCUGAUACUUAAUUCUGCUAUGCUUUUAAUUGAGACUCUCAUGCUUACUUCUA